GGCGGCGGCGGUGGCGGCGACAGAAGAGGAGCAGCAGAGGCUCGAGAGUAUGUGCCCCGACUUCAUUGGGUCGACAGUGGGCGCGUGAGGUGGAGGCGACGUCGCAGCGAGGGGAUCCAGCGGCCGACGUCAGCUCCCUGGCGCUCCAGGAGGGAUUUCGGGAUCGCGGGCGCGCGCGCGCGUUCCCAUGGCUGCACGACGGCUUUGACGCGAAGAUUGUGUGGCCAGCUAAGGGCGAGUGGAAGGACCAACGCUGGGAUAAAGGGUCCCACUCGUUCUCGUUCCCAAGUAAGGAAUCAGAAUGCCAGCGCCGCCUCCGCCUCCCCCAGCACCCUCGUUCAACUUGGGUGGAGGUUCGGCGGAUCAGGGCAGAGGUGCGCUAUUACAAUCAAUCAGAGCUGGAAAAUCCUUGAAGAAAACCGUGACAGUGGAUAAAAGUGCUCCUGCGAUCAGCGGAAAAGUACACGGCGAAUCGUCAAACGUGAAAGCAUCCAAUAUAAAUACAAAGAGCCCCGUUUCUAAUUCAAACGUAGGAAAUAGUAUUAAUAAUGGCAAUCCAAUUUGUUUGGGUGGUCUAUUUUCUGGUGGCAUGCCAAAGUUGAAGUCUACCGGCAUGAGAAAUAAUCUUACGGAGCGAGACAAUGGCAAUGCGCAGUCUAACAUGAGCUCUUAUACCUUACCGAGUGUUAAACGUGGCCCACCGCCGAUUCCACCCCCUGCUGCGCAGAAACCACUGAUAUUUUCACCUAUUGCCCAAAGUGCAGAACCCAUUGUGAACCAUAAUAUAGAAACACCAAGAAGUUCAUUUGGGAAGCCAACGCUGGCACCAAAGCCACCAUCUUCCACGUCUCUGCAACAGAAGCCUUCGCCACCCCCUAAAAAGCUCAAUCUUACCACAGGCAAUUCCGUGUCUAGGGCGCAGAGUAUGCGAUUAGCCCGAUCGCCAGCGGUUCUAACACCGACACCGCCUUCUCUCCACCAGCCGUCGAACCGAAUCCUGAGGCCACCGGUGGUGCGACCUCCUUCACCGCCGACAUCACGGAGUAACGGCGGCGCACCGAUAACGAGGGUCGCACCUCCGCCCCCAUGUCGGGCCCCGACGAUGCCACCCCCUCCCCCGCCGCUUCCCCAUCGCUCGUCCUCGGGGCCAGCAGGCAGCUGCGCCUCGGCUUCGAGGCUCGCACCUCCGGUGCCACCACCCCCAACGCCCCCGACCCGGGGCCAGUCGCUGCUCCAGCAGCAACAGCGCAACGGACAGAUGCCCCUUGGACCCGCUGAGUUUGAGGCUCGCUUCGUGGACAUGUUUCAUUCGAUAGCGACCUUCCCGGCGCCCGAGCCCUACCGAGGCGUCACCAAAGUCUACAACAGCAAAACCGUAGCUAAGCAACAGGCGCCCGCACCCCCGGCUCGUUCAGUUUCCAAUGUUGGCAACAUCACGCACUCUUUGGGCGCGAGGCAGCCGCACCAGCAUCAACAUCAACAGCAGCUACAACAGCAACAACAGCAGCAGCAGCAGCAACAUUGGCAACAGCAGCAGAACGCCGCUUCGUCGGCCUGUUAAGAACGGCUACGCUCUUGUCUGUGCUUUCUUAUUAAUUGUUGGAGAAAAGAUCGCCACCCGGACGAUCUCCCGUCGCCUUAUUUAUGAACGAAUAAUGACUUUCAAAGAAUUAUAAUGAAAAGCACGACAAGAGAUUGAGACGACAGUCGCACAUGUAUGUAUUAUAUCAUUUGAUGGUACAUUCACACAACACACGCGGGCGCGC